AUGGAUUUAUCACAAGAAUACGAUCUCACUCAGUUUUGUUUUCCUGCAGUGAACAACUCUUGUCUUAGAGGGACACAUCAUGUUUCCACUCAGACUGUGGUGUAUCUCCUAUUGGUGUCUGCGAUGACUGUGACCAUUCUAGGAAAUUCGGUGGUCAUCAUCUCCAUUGCACACUUCAAACAGCUCCAGACUCCCACUAACAUCCUGGUGAUGUCUCUGGCUCUAGCAGAUCUGCUGCUUGGACUGGUGGUCAUGCCUUUCAGUAUGAUCCGUUCUGUGGAUGGCUGCUGGUACUAUGGAGAUGCCUUCUGUUUGCUGCACUCAAGUUUUGACCUGUUUCUCACAUCAGUGUCUAUUUUUCAUCUCAUUUUUAUUGCUAUUGAUCGACAUCAGGCAGUUUGUUAUCCACUUCAGUAUCCUGCAAGAAUAACCAUACCUGUUGCAUGGGUCAUGGUGAUGAUAAGUUGGGCUCUGAUUGCCAUCUAUUCAUAUAGUCUGCUGUACUCAGAGGCUAAUGUGGAAGGACUGGAGGAAUAUAUUGAAUCAAUAUACUGUAUAGGACAUUGCAGUCUGCUUUUCAACUCCUUCUUCGUGCACCUUUUCUACAACCAUGACCGCGUGACAUAA